UUCCGGUGUCAUGGCGCCGACCUCUGCAACCUGAGCGCCUGGCUGAGAACUGCACGACCUGUCUUGUCCUCAUUGCUCCAUGGCUUCUACCGGUUCUGUACUGCGUGGGAAGGACCCUCGGCAACACUCAAGUUACCCAAUGGCGACGGAGGCAGUGACCUUUGAGGAUGUGGCUGUGAACUUUACUUUGGAGGAAUGGAAUUUGCUGGACCCAUCCCAAAAGAAGCUCUACAGAGAUGUGAUGUUGGAGACACUGAAGAACAUGUCUGCUAUAGAACACACCUGGACUGACCAGCAAAAGGAAAAUGGUAGCAAAUAUUGGAGAAGAAAUCUAAGAAGUGAAGAUGUAGAGAAAUGCUGCCAAUAUAACUUAUGGGAUCCACAUAGAGAAACAUCUUUUUGGACUCCAGACCCUAAUGUGAACAUGAAAACACUUGGUGCACACCCAGCGGAAAGCCUUGCCUGUAGAAAUUCCCUGAUUGGUCAUGCAUCAACAAAUGUGCCCAUCAGAGCUCACAGUGCACUCAAAUCAUGUGAGAAUCAGGUAUUGGAAGUGAAGCUGUUUACCUAUAAUGAACAUGGGGAAACCUGCAGUGAUUUCUGCUCCUUUCAGAAGCGUGCAACAACAAGUCCUGGAAAGAAGCCCCGUGAAUAUAAGCAAUGUGGGAAAUCCUACUCUCAUUGCAGUGAAGGAAGUCACAUUGGAGAGAAGCCCUUUGUAUCUAAAGAAAAAGUUAAAGCCUAUGUAUGUAAGCAGUGUGGCAAAUCUUUCAGAAGUAAAUACCAUUAUAAAAUGCAUGAAAGAACACACACUGGGGAGAAACCCUAUAUAUGCAAGCAGUGUGGGAAAGCUUUCACAAGCAAGAGCAAUUAUAAAACCCAUGAAAGAAUUCACACUGGGGAGAAACCGUAUGCAUGUAAGCAAUGUGGGAAAGCCUUCAGGAAAAAGAUUCAUUGUCAAGUACAUGAAAGAAUUCACAGUGCAGAAAAAUCAUAUGUAUGUAAGCAGUGUGGGAAAACUUUCAUCACACGAGAUGAUUGUAAAAAACAUAAAAGAAGUCACACUAGAGAGAAACCCUAUGUGUGUAGGCACUGUGGGAAAGCUUUCACCACUCGCAGUUACUGUAAAACCCAUGAACGACUUCACACUGGGGAGAAACUCUAUGUGUGUAAGCACUGUGGGAAAGCUUUUACCGGUAGCAGCAGUUAUAAAAUACAUGAAAGAAUUCACACUGGGGAGAAACCUUAUGUAUGUAAGCAAUGUGGAAAAGCAUUUACCAGUCAAACUUAUUGUAAGAUCCAUGAAAAAACUCACACUGGAGAGAAACCUUAUGUAUGUAAGCACUGUGGAAAAGCAUUUACCGUCACAGUUAUUGUGAAAUCCAUGAAAGAAUUCACACUGGGGAGAAACCUUAUGUAUGUAAGCAAUGUGGAAAAGUAUUUACCACUCAAACUUAUUGUAAGAGCCAUGAAAAAUCUCACACUGGGGAGAAACCUUAUGUAUGUAAGCAAUGUGGAAAAGCAUUUACUUCUCAGCGUUAUUGUAAAACCCAUGAAAAAGCUCACACUGGGGAGAAACCCUAUGUUUGUAAGCAGUGUGGAAAAGCUUUCACCACUUGCACUGGUCGUCUAACACAUGAAAGAAGUCACACUGGAGAGAAGCCUUAUGUAUGUAAGCAGUGUGGGAAAGCCUUUCCCUCUAGCAGUUCGUUUGGUAGACAUAAAAUAAGUCACACUGGAGAGAAACCCUAUGUAUGUAAGCAAUGUGGGAAAGCAUUUCCUUAUCACAGUUCAUUUUAUAAACAUAAAAGAAUUCACACUUUGU